AUGUUGGCGCCAAUGCAGAACAUCUCUUCACACAAGCACUUUAUCCUGAAUGGUUUUGAAGAACUUGGAGAACUGAGGCCGGUCCUCUUCAUCCCUUUCUUCCUCAUGUUCAUCGUUGCUCUGCUGGCCAACUCCUUGCUGAUAUAUGUCAUCGCUUCUCAGAGAAGCCUUCAUCAGCCAAUGAGCAUCCUUAUCGCCGGCAUGGCUUGCGUUGAUUUCUGUAUCCCAGUAUUCUUUGUUCCCAACAUGCUGCUGAACUUCCUAUUUGACUGGAAAGGGAUCUCUCUGAUUGGCUGCCUGGUUCAGAUGCACUUCAUUCACUUCUUUGGAACUUUUCAGUCUACCUUCCUGGUAUGGAUGGCUCUGGAUCGAUACUUCGCCAUUUGUACACCGCUCUCCUACCAUGAACUGAUGGCACCGGAGAAAUUCCUGAAGUUUAUCAUCCCCCUUGCUGGCAGAAAUAUACUCCUCAUCACUCUAAUUGUGAGUUUGGCAGGAAAGCUCUCGUUCUGCAGUAAUGUGAUGAACCACUGUUUCUGUGAGCACAUGGCCUUGGUGGAGCUGGCCUGUGGAAGCAUCACCAUCAAUAACCUUGUAGGUUUGAUUAUUGUCUUUUUCAUCCCAUUCUUUGACUUCUUAUUUAUCGCUGCCUCCUACAUUAUGAUGUUCAGCUCCAUAUUGAGGUCCAGCAGCACCAGCGUCAAAGCACUACAUACCUGCAUCACUCAUGCAAUGGUUAUCACUCUCAGUAUAACUGUGGCACUUAUUGCUUUUCUUUCAUAUCGGAUUAAGAACAGCCUCCCUGUAGCCGUCCGGGUUUUCUUCAGCACCAUGUACCUGUUGUUUCCAAGCUGCCUCAACCCGAUCGUCUACGGCAUCAGAACCACUGAGAUCAGACAGCACAUGCUGAAGACGCUGACACACUGGAAAUAUUUUGUCCAAACUAAGAGUUCUGAAAUAAUCAGUUAA